AUGGGACGGCGCAGCUCAAAACUCCCGUUCAUACUUAUUUCCACUAUACUUGCUUUGAGCGUUAUUGUAGUUCUCGGGCUUCUCAAGGCUUCAUCCCAUCCUUACAUCAUUGCUGCCUCCGACAGUGUCGGAGAUAGAAUCAAGGGCAAAGUUGACAACAUUCCGAACCAGGUUCAUUACGUCUGGGCUCAAAACGACGCCAGCGGCGAUCUUCUUUUCACGUUUGAACAAUAUCUUUCUGUAUACUCUGCAUGGUACUAUUGGAAACCAGACACCAUUUAUCUUCACACGAACGCUCACGAGACCACAAUUGCUCGUGCGCGACAAGGGGUCGUCAGUAAAUGGGCCAUGCGCAUGCUGGCGAUCCCCGGCUUGAAGGUCAACCGGGUUGAGAUGCCGACUACCACAAGGCACGGCGUUACGUUCAGCUUCAGGGAGCACACUUCGGAUUUUGCGAGGGUUAGGGCGGUCCACGACUACGGCGGUGUGUACAUAGACUUCGACAUACAGCCCUUGCGAGACGUUGCUGUGCUGCGUAGAAGCGGAUUCAAUGCCAUCAGCGGCCGACAAAAAGACAACAACCUGAACAGCGGUUCUUUUAUGGCCAAGAAAGGCAGCAAAAUGAUUACGAAGUGGAUGGAUAUGAUGCACGAGGUCUACAAUGGCGGUUGGACCACGCACAGCAACGAUGCCCUCACGGCCGUUGCGCGCAGUCUCGUCCCGGACGCCGGGGAGAUGCUCAUCAUGGACCGAGAGGCUUUUGCGCCCAUGGGCUGGUUAUUCGAAGACGCCCGUGAGUUGUUUGGCCUUCACAACGACACGGCCUCCCCUUUGGAGCAUCACGUACCGGGACAACGUUUACCCUCUUACGACGACAGCCAGCGCCCAACGUGGGCACGAGACUUUUCUGCGUCAUACCUCAUCCAUAGCUUCACUCCAGACUGGAGCCUCAAUCCGGUUCCCGAGGUCACCGAAAUAACUCCAGCAUACGUUCUGCACAGACGGAGCAAUUUCGCCUGCGCUACGUACCCAGUUGUACGAGACAUGUAUCACAAAGGGCUCGUGACGCUGGAAGAUGAGGAGGUGUGA